UCCCGGGGUCGCCAUGGCAACGUUCGCCCGCCCGCAUCCCUGUGCCCCGCCCGCCUUGGGGCCUGGCGGCUGGGCAUUGGCUGCCUCAGAACACUCUGUUUAGACCAGGCUGGCCCCAAGAAUCACAGACGCUGGGACUACGGAAGCAGCUACAUGGCGGAGUUCUCUGGAGAUUAAGAAAUGUUAGCUACAAAGGACCCCACGGCCGUGGAGAGAGCCAAUCUGUUAAACAUGGCUAAACUGAGUAUCAAAGGGCUCAUUGAGUCCGCCCUGAGCUUCGGCCGCACGCUGGACUCCGACUACCCUCCUCUGCAGCAGUUCUUCGUGGUCAUGGAACAUUGUCUGAAACACGGCCUGAAAGUGAGAAAAUCAUUUUUGAGCUAUAACAAAACUAUUUGGGGCCCCCUGGAACUGGUGGAGAAGCUGUACCCAGAAGCAGAGGAGAUCGGAGCGAGUGUCCGGGACUUGCCUGGGCUUAAGACUCCCCUUGGCCGUGCUAGAGCGUGGCUCCGAUUAGCCCUCAUGCAGAAAAAAAUGGCCGAUUACCUGCGUUGCUUAAUUAUCCAGAGGGAGCUCCUGAGUGAGUUCUAUGAGUACCACGCACUGAUGAUGGAGGAGGAGGGAGCCGUGAUUGUCGGGCUGCUGGUCGGCCUGAACGUGAUUGAUGCCAAUCUGUGUGUGAAGGGAGAGGACCUAGACUCCCAGGUUGGGGUGAUUGAUUUCUCCAUGUACUUAAAGAAUGAAGAGGAGAUCGGAAACAAGGAAAGGAACGUUCAAAUCGCUGCCAUCUUAGACCAAAAGAAUUAUGUUGAAGAGCUAAACAGACAACUCAACAGCACAGUCAGCAGCCUCCAUUCAAGAGUGGACUCGUUAGAAAAGUCAAACACUAAGCUGAUCGAAGAGUUAGCAAUAGCGAAGAAUAAUAUCAUAAAGCUCCAAGAAGAAAACCAUCAAUUGCGAAGUGAAAAUGAGCUGAUCUUAAUGAGAACUCGGCAGCACCUGGAGGUUACCAAAGUGGAUGUAGAAACGGAGCUUCAAACAUACAAGCAUUCCCGGCAAGGCCUAGACGAGAUGUAUAACGACGCCAGGAGGCAGCUUCGAGACGAGUCGCAGCUCCGACAGGAUGUGGAGAAUGAGCUAUCAGUACAAGUUGGCAUGAAGCAUGAGAUGGAGCUGGCCAUGAAGCUGUUGGAGAAAGACAUUCACGAGAAACAAGACACUCUCAUAGGCCUUCGGCAACAGCUGGAAGAAGUCAAAGCAAUCAACAUUGAGAUGUAUCAAAAGCUGCAGGGCUCUGAAGAUGGCUUGAAAGAAAAAAAUGAAAUAAUUGCCCGACUAGAAGAAAAGACCAAUAAGAUCACUACAGCCAUGAGGCAGCUGGAGCAAAGAUUGCAGCAAGCAGAGAAGGCGCAAAAGGAAGCAGAAGCCGAGGAUGAGAAAUACGCCCAGGAGUGUCUGAGCCAAUCCGACAGUCUGCAGAGACAGAUCUCACAGAAGGAGCAACAGCUGGUGCAGCUGGAAACGGACUUGAAGAUCGAGAAGGAAUGGAGACAGACUUUGCAAGAAGAUCUUCAAAAGGAAAAAGAUGUCCUAUCUCAUCUUAGACACGAAACCCAAAAAGUCAUAAGUCUUAAAAAAGAGUUUCUUAACCUCCAGGAUGAAAAUCAGCAGUUGAAAAGGAUUUAUCAGGAACAAGAACAGGCUUUGCAAGACCUUGGCAGCAAACUCUGCGAAUCGAAACUUAAAAUAGACGAUAUAAAAGAAGCCAACAAAGCGCUCCAGGGACUGGUCUGGUUAAAAGACAAAGAUGCAACCCACUGUAAGCUUUGUGAGAAGGAAUUUUCACUCUCCAAAAGAAAGCACCACUGUAGAAACUGCGGGGAAAUUUUCUGUAAUGCCUGCUCUGACAACGAACUGCCUUUGCCUUCUUCACCAAAGCCAGUGCGGGUCUGUGAUUCAUGCCAUGCAAUGCUCAUUCAGAGAUGCUCCUCUAACAUGCCAUGACUUGGAACUCCAUCCUCCUGCACAGAAGCACCUGCAGCGAGGGAGGGCUGUGUGUACCGAGGUGCCCAGUCAGUACUGUACCUCGCCUCCAGCUCACACACAGGUUUCUAAGUUAUAUGGGUUAGUAUUCCGUCCCUGUACUUAAUCAGAUUUUAAGAUAGCAUGUUUUAGCACUACUUCAAAUAUCAAGUAACCUUUAACAAAAGGUCAGAUAGCAGAGCUCAUGCACAUUUGCCUUACCUUAUAGAGGCCUUCUGGAGAACAAGGCCACAGCUUAUUUGCUUCUGAACUGACGAGUUGGCACUUGAAGGUGCCUGUAUAUCUCUUAAUGCACUUUAAAAAACGUCACAAUUCUCAGAGAAAAACUGAAAAUGCAUUCACUUUAUGUUAUAUGCCGAUUUAACGGUUUUUAAAAUGGUGGCCCAUGCCUUUAAUCCCAACACUUAGGAUGCAGAGGCAGGUGGAUGGAUCUCUGAGUUCAGUAAGGCCACCCUGGUAGAAAGAGUAAGUUCCAGACAGGACAGCCAGACUGUCCAGGAAGACAGACUGAAUCAGUUGUUUAUUUUUUACCAUGAGCUUUCUUGCCUAAGCUCUGAAGUGCUGGGAUAUAGGUGUGUGCUUCCAUCCCAGGGCUGUGUAUUCUACGUUGUCUGGUAAGAUGCUAAUUUAGUUGUAUUUAUUUGCUUGUUCUUCUCCCUUCUCUACAAUGGAAAAGACCAAUGAUUUAAUCCCAUCCUUUCCUUUUUACUUGCCCACAUCUUUCAUAUAGUGGAUUAAAGGACCAGUAAGCUGGCCUCUAGCUUUUCCUUCACUCACAGCCAUCACCCUUAUCACAAAGACUAAGUGUGGUAAAGGGUCAGAUUCCAAAGGAGAAAACAUUCCUACCCGGGGAACAAGGAGGCCGAAUGAGAUCGAUUCUAAGCAUUCAAAUUAAGAGGACUGCUAUCAAAGAAUUAAGUUUCUCCACCCUCAGUUCUCUUAAGAAUAACUUCUAGGAAGCAUUACACUGGCAUAUUGACACUUUCCCACAAUAAAAUUUCACCUUCUAUAUGUAUCAAGUACUUUAGAUAGUAGUUUAUUUUUUCAAGCAGGUGUGUGUGUAGGGGGGGGAGGGGGUAACACGGAGCAUUAAGUUACUUAAAUCAUGACCAUUUAGGAUAGAAUCUUUAAUAUAUUAAUUUCCAGCCUUAUACUUUUAAGUCUAUAAAGCCUUUCAAAACUCUAGUGAUUUUACACUCCCAAGAACACUGCUCAGUGACUGGGUAUUUUUCUGAUCUCCUUUUCUACAGGAUCUUUUCAUUUGCUACAUUUCAGUAAGUUUUUGUAAAUUGCCAAAAUUACAAAACCAGUAUUUACCAGCUUCUGUGGUCAACUUAAAUUCACUCUGACAGAUUUCUAGAUGUUUCUUUUGGAGACAGGGAAACCCCAAGUUGGCCUCCAACCUGGUGUGCAGCAGGGGAAGACCUUGAACUGCCUGACUUCCACAUCUCCCAGCUGCUGAGAUUACAGCUGUCUAGUGUUUGUAUGCGGUGCUAGGGAUGGAACCCCUGACACUUUGUACACAUUGGCCAGGUACUCUACCAACUCAGUUACUCCCCCAACCCCAGAUGCCAAUAUAUAUAUGUAUGUAUGUAGUGAAAACCUGCUGGCACACACACAAAAAGAGACAAUUAUAUUCUUUAACCGCUUUGUACUGAUGGGGAUUACUAACAUUUUCCUUUCUCUCUCUCUUUUUUUUGAGUGUAAAUGAAAAACUUCAAAUACUUUAUUAUGUGCUUUUUAUUACCACUCAAAAUUUGUGUCAUAAACAUGGGCCUUUUCUGGAGCAGCGCCAACUCCUUCCCCCGCUGUGUGUGGGAUAGGAAUAGAGCUGAGUGGUAGAAUGUUUGCUUAUUGUGGCUAUUAAGGGCCUGGAUUCUCAAUUCACAGCACUACCACCAAAAAACAUAAAACCACCCAACUUUAAAUUUAGGAUAUCCUAUUUAUUACAAAAUAUUCACAAUUCUUAUUAUUAUUACAAUUAUAUUAUUAUUAUUAUUAUUUUGCAGAAAACUUGUGUCAUUCCCUUACUUACCUAGCCAGGACUACCACAAAGAUGUGAUCAUGGUGCCAAGGAAUUGCAAAUGUAAUUCUGAUCUGUAAUGUUUUUAAAAUAAAUGUGAAUUUUAUAAAUCGAA